UUUGUCCGCUGACGGCUCCGCGCGCCAUGGCGUCUCACCGGUACACCCCGGGCACCUCGAGCGCCGCCGUUCACAGCGAGACAGCCGCCGCUGGAGCCGCAAAACCGGCCCCCUACUACGGAGAACCACAUAAGUUUGAUCCUUCCUUCAGAGGUCCAGUCAGCAGAAGAAGCUGCACUGAUGUCUUAUGUUGUUUGAUCUUCAUCAUUGUCAUCCUCUCAUAUCUGGCCCUGGGGAUAGUGGCCUGGAUACACGGGGACCCCAGGAAGGUGCUCCAUCCAACAGACAGCUAUGGCCAGUUCUGUGGUCAGAAGGGAACUCCCAAUGCAAAGAAGCCCAUCCUCUUCUAUUUUAACAUCUUAAAAUGUGCCAACCCGGCCAUACUCAUCAACCUACAGUGCCCCACAACUCAGAUGUGUGUGUCACAGUGCCCAGACAAGUUUGCCACCUACUCAGAGAUGCAGCUGCAACACAAACUCAACAGGAGUUACUGGGAAUAUUAUAAACAAUUCUGUAAGCCUGGAUUUAAUAACCCUGACAAGCCAGUAUCUCAGGUUCUACGAGAUGAGGACUGUCCCUCCAUGAUCAUACCCAGUCGACCAUUUCUCCAGAGGUGUCUUCCAGACUUCAUCACUCUGAAUGGGACGGUGACCGUAGCUAACAGAACCAGGUUUAAAGAUGCACUGGAAAUGCCGCGCAGUGUCACUGAGCUCCAACACGCUGCCAAAGGUAUAACAGGACUGGUGGACACUAAGGAGAUGGGCAUGAAGAUAAUGGAAGAUUAUGCCAAGUCAUGGGCCUGGAUACUCAUAGGUCUGCUGAUAUCCUUGGCUGUUAGUCUGGUCUUCAUCCUGCUGCUGAGGUUCACAGCUGGGUUGCUGCUGUGGGCUACCAUCAUCACCGUCAUACUGCUGCUGGCAUAUGGUAUGUGGUACUGCUCCAUGGAGUGGUCCCAGCUCAGACACAGACCAGGCUCCGAUGUUGCCAUCGUAGAAGUGGGCAUGCAAACCGACCUACAGGUCUAUCUACAGCUCAGACAGACAUGGAUCAUAUUGUUGGCGUCUCUGGGAGUGGCCGAAGCGACCAUCUUGGCGAUGUUGAUCUUCUUAAGGAGAAGAGUCCUCGUGGCCAUCGCCCUGCUCAGAGAGGCUAGCAAAGCCAUUGGUCACAUCAUGUCCACGCUGUUCUUUCCCAUCGUCACCUUUCUCUUGUUGACUGUUUGCAUCUCCUACUGCGCGGUUACUGCUGUUUACCUGGCAUCCUCAGGGGAAGCCAUCUACAAAGUGAUGUCUCCUGAUGUGAGCUGCCCCUAUGCCAACAGCACCUGCAGUCCUGAGACCUUCAACAGAUCCGGCGUCUCCAGAUCGCCGUUGUGUCUGGGUUCUCAGUGUCUGUUUGCCUUCUAUGGAGGGGAGACGCCCUACUACCGCUACCUCUUCCUGCUGCAGCUGUCCAACCUACUGGUCUUCUUCUGGCUGGUCAACUUCAGCUUGGCCCUGGAGCAGUGCACCCUGGCCGGGGCGUUUGCUAGCUACUACUGGGCCAAGAGGAAGCCUCAGGACAUCCCACCAUGUCCACUCUUUUCAUCAUUCAGCAGAGCUAUCAGGUAUCACACAGGGUCUCUGGCAUUUGGAGCUUUGAUUCUUUCAGUUGUCCAGCUUCUGCGGGUCAUACUGGAAUACCUGGAGCAGAAACUAAAAGGUCUUGACAAUAGCCUGUCCAGGUUCAUAAUGUGCUGUCUAAAAUGCUGUUUCUGGUGUUUGGAGAAAUUCAUUCGCUACAUGAACCAUAAUGCGUAUAUCAUGGUGGCGAUCUAUGGGAAGAACUUCUGUACCUCAGCCAGAGAAGCCUUCUUCCUGCUAAUGAGAAAUGUGGUCAGGGUUGCAGUCCUGGAUCGAGUAACAGACUUUCUGUUGUUUCUGGGCAAAGUGGUGAUAGCAGGAGGAGUAGGUGUGUUAGCCUUCCUCUUCUUCACUAGGAAGAUCCCUGUUAUCCAGGAGGAAGUGCCAAAUCUCAACUACUACUGGGUUCCCCUACUGACUGUGGUGAUAGGCGCCUACCUGAUUGCACAUGGCUUCUUCAGUGUCUAUGCCAUGUGUGUCGACACGCUCUUCCUCUGUUUCUUGCUGGACCAGGAGAUGAACAAUGGCUCACUGGCUCGUCCUUAUCACAUCACCAGCUCCCUCAGGAAGACCAUUUGUAGACGUCUAAGGAAAGACAUGAACAGAAAAAGACAUAAAGCCAAAAGAAAAACUCCUGCCUCUAAAAGAAGCUUUAAUCAUUUUUUUAAUAAUACUUUUUUAUGUGCAUCACAUUCGUAAAUAUUCAUUAUCAGACACUUAACAAGUAUAAUCCCACACUUACUUUCUUUACAUAUGGGCAUGUAAAUACUGUUUCAAGACAGACUUUUAAAAAAUGUGAACUGGUCCUUUAAAAACUCCUAAGCCUCAAUAAUUAAAUAGUGAAGCAGACACAUCUGCAUUUCUCAUACCCAAACAAUAAAACGGGUGGUUUAUAUAUUGUCUUGCUGAAUGAGGUAUACUUCAUACGUCUCUGAGGGGAUGGUGGCUUCAGUUAUGAUAUUGUGCUUUCUAAUUCAACCAAUAACCCGAUUUAAAUUAUUAUUUUUAUAACCCCAUUAACUGAAAAUGGCAUAGAGGGAAAGCAGAUUAGUUCAUAAAUUACUUCAUAAAUUCGUGUCCUCAGCUUCUUCCCUUUCCUGUAGUUCUGUUCUUUCUCUCUUAUCUUCUGCUGUCGCUCUUUACAGGUUCAUCUGCCCUUGGAUCUGAGGAGGCUGGAUCUGCUGCCGUGGGCCAUCUACUGCCCCCAUUACUAGUCUCAUUAACUAUUAUUAUUAGUCUGACUAUCAUUAGUUUUUCAACUGUUAUUGUUUGUAUUAUUAUUAGUCCU